AUGUUAUUACCAGUAAUUCAUUCCUUUACUUGUGAACGUAUUCAUUAUUUCAUGAAUUCCUAUUAUACAGUGAAUAUCCAUACUGAUUAAAUUAGAAUUAACUAGGUAUAUAUCUAAAUACUAAUAAUCAUAGUUUAAAUCCCAAAACACAAAGUAUAUUUGUACACUUACUUUUGAUAAUAAAAUCUAUUGGUAUACAGAAUAACAAAAAAUCCAUGCUUUUGGAAUAAUAGUUAAAAAGAAAGUAAAAUUCUUUAAAGGAAAUUAUAAAGACUUGGAAGAAAUGAGAAGAUUAAUAGGAUGCAAGAUUAUUUUUGAUGGAAUAGUUAGCUUAUAUAAAUGCAAUAAUUAAAUUGGAGAAGGAGCAGAUAGUAAAGUGUUUAAAGUAGAAGAUAAUAUUAAUAAAUCUUUAUGGGCAUUAAAAUGUUUGGAAAGGAAAGAUGAUUUUUAUUAGGAAAUAAGGAUGCAUUAGAAUUUAGAACAUAAUCAUAUCAUUUAAUUUAAAGAAUAUUUUUAAGGAGAAUAAUAUUAUUAUAUAAUUAUGGAAUUGAUGGGAGGUUAAACAUUAUCAAAAUUAUUAGAGAAAAAUCUUAUUACAACUCAUUAAUAAUGCAAAGUCAUUAUUUAAGUAUUAUUUUCAAUAUUAUUAGGCUCUCUUGUCAGCUUUAGUUUAUUUGAAAAAUGAGGGAAUAAUACAUAGAGAUAUUAAACCAGCAAAUAUAAUGUUUGCAUAAUCUGGAAGAUUAGAUAGUUUAAAAUUAGUAGAUUUUAAUUUUGCUAUUAGAUAAAAUGAUACAAAUGUUUAACCAAUUUUAUGUGGUAUGAAUACAGCUCCUGAGGCAUUAUAAGAUAAUCCCAUUUAUAGUGAUAAAAUGGAUGUUUAUAGUUGUGGAGCAAUCUUAUAUAAAUUAUAUUCAGGAGAAGAUAUUCAUCCUAUUCGAUAUAUGCAAGAAUCAAAUGUAUUUUAUGACAUUUUAAGGAAUGGCUCUAUAGAUUUUAAAGUCUUAGAAAAAGCCAAUACACCUAAUCAAGCAAUUCGUUUAAUUAAAUCAAUGCUUGAAAUAGAUCCUUUUAAAAGAGUAAAUGCUCAAGAAGCAUUAUAGUUAGAUUAUUUUUAAAAUGAAUCUUUAAGUCCAACUGAAAAGAGAUCUCGCUUUUAACAAAGAUAUCAAAAUGAAAGUUUAAAAAUAGGAAUUACUACUGAUUUUGAAAUCAAUAUAGAUUAAGAUGCAAAAAGUGCAAACAUAAGAAAAAUGGAGAUCCAUCAUCAUCAUCAUUGA